AUGCCGCUUUCCCUAGAGCAUCUCGAGGGUUACACAUCCUUUUGGAAUGACUGCAUCUCCUCGGGGUUGCGUGGCUGUAUGUUAAUCGAGUUGGCACUGCGGGGGCGUCUCCAGCUGGAGGCUUGUGGAAUGAGGCGCAAAAGCCUCUUAACAAGAAAGGUGAUUUGUAAGUCAGAUGCUCCUACUGGGGAUGUUCUACUUGAUGAAGCUCUGAAACACAUAAAAGAGACCCAGCCUCCUGAAACUGUACAAAAUUGGAUUGAGCUGCUCAGUGGUGUAACGUGGAACCCGUUAAAGUUGCACUACCAAUUGCGGAAUGUCCGUGAGCGGUUAGCUAAAAAUCUAGUGGAAAAAGGCGUACUGACAACAGAGAAACAGAACUUCCUCCUUUUUGACAUGACCACGCACCCCCUCACCAACAACAACAUCAAGCAACGCCUCAUCAAGAAGGUGCAAGAAGCAGUUCUUGAGAAAUGGGUGAACGACCCUCACCGCAUGGACAAGCGCUUGUUGGCGCUCGUGUACUUAGCCCAUGCUUCGGAUGUGCUGGAGAACGCUUUUGCCCCCCUUUUGGAUGAGCAGUAUGAUUUAGCCACCAAGAGAGUGCGACAGCUUCUGGAUUUAGACCCUGAGGUUGAAUGUAUGAAAGCCAACACGAAUGAGGUUCUGUGGGCUGUAGUAGCAGCUUUCACAAAGUAACUGCAAUCAGACUGAAGUGUUCUCUCUUCUUACAUGUAAACCAGUUGUUUCUCUUCUAUUGACUAUUCAGGUUUUCUGUAAUUUGUACCUUCUCACAUGAUGAAUUGGCUCUUAUUUCUUGGGAAUUGUAAGUGGUAUAUUCCCUCCUUCUCUGUGUAUCUGUAUACAGGAUUCUGCUGGUACAAGAGACCUUCCUGUUUAAAAGCAACAGAAAAUCGUUUUACUGCCAUAUUGGCAUUUCACUUCUAUUAAAUUGCAGUUAUCUGAAAUACUUGGCUUAAUCCAUUUUUCAUGUUUUUGUUAUUGCAGUGGUUUAACUUGGGAAGCACCUCGAGGAGGAAGUGUGCAUGCAGUUGGAUCACUAGUCUUAGCUGACGCAGAUGUGUGUCUGCAUCAACAGGUCUGCAGUACAGUUCAUAGCAGUUCAGAAAAGGGCCUUCUUAAAUCACCAAAGCUCCAUAUUGAAGUGUCUGUGAGGACACCGUGCACAGAUAAAGUUUCAAUUGUACUUAACAAAAUGACUUUGAAAGCAGAAAUGCCAUUAAGCAGCUUUGUCAAUAGUUCUUGUUAAACGCCCCGUGAAUUUCACUUUACGUGUAAAUCUCCUGUGUACUUAUGCUUUCAUUAGAACUAUAACUGAGUCAUAAGGCUAGUGUAGAGAGGUCCAGUUGUUUCAUAAAACAAUUUUGGGAUGGGAUACAUUCCAUUAUGUUGUAUAUAUAGUUCAAAAUGUAUAUUAACAACCUCCCCCAUCUUAGUAUUUUGCAAGAUUUACUUAGUUGUACACCUGGUGCCCCUUUACUCGCUCUGUCGUCACCAUUUGGUGGAAGGAAAGGCCUCUUAUAAAGAGCCUCUGUGUGAAAGCUGUUUAUUUCCAGGGUCUGCAGCGUUUGCUAUCCGGGUACUUUCACUCUAUGCAUUGCCUUCAAUAAUUAGUGUAUGGAAAGAGACCACUUUCUAUCAUCAUUUGUAAUUUUUUUUUCUCCCAUAUGGAAGAGGCUUGUGACCAGUACAAUUCUUGAGUGCAGUUUUUAAUUUUGUUUGUACAUGAGUUAAUGUUUGUCUCCUAAGUGUCAUAAUCUGUUUUACACUUCAAAAACAAAAAGUCAGUCCUAGACGGUGUUGCAUGUAAAUGGUUAGCAAGUAAUGACUGCAGUUCAGGUGAUUAACAUUUCUGUAACAGGAUGCUCUACUAUAUUUUAAUUUUUUAUAUACAAUUAUGUUGAUUAGCACACUAUUGUAAAAAUAUAUAUAUAUAAAAACUUCGGCUUUUUAAAAUUUAUUGCCUCUUUACCACUGCUUGUUAUUAUCUUUCUCUUGUUUCACAAUGUAAAUAUUAUGCAUUGAACAAAUUAAGCAUUGGUUUAUCUAUUUUUUUCCUCAUAACAGCACAGAUUUAUAGCGGGGCUUACAGGUGUCUAGCAACUUUUUUGGUUACUAUACAAAGCAAGAAUACUUAGAUGGUGUAUAACUGUAGAGUUGAAAUUUAAGGGAUCCCCUAAUCUGUAUACUAGCUUUUUACCUACAGUAAAUAAACUAUGAUCUUGAAAGUGCCUGAAACAGA